AUGACACGCGACAGUGGUGCCAUCGCCGACCCUACACCGGCUCCUGGGCCGCACGCCAUCGGGUCUGCCACCAACGACGUCGCUUCUGCCGUUCGGGCUUCUACGAACCCUUCACCGAAUUCGUCCACGCUGCCGGCUGAGCGAGCCUCCGAGUCAGCGCACGAGCCUUGCCCCGUGCCGACUCCGCUGCCUCCGACCGUGUCAGCUGUCGCUACACCGCGAAAUCUACCCGCCAGCGAGAGCGACGCAGCAGCAGCAGCAGCGACCUUCUUCCCUGCCCAGCGCUCCUCGUCCUCUCCUUCGGUCAACUUGCCGCUGGGCCUUUCUAGCGACUACUCUGCCAAGUCGGAGGUUGACGGCUGUGCACAAUCGGCGCGCGACGAGGAUACGUCAGAUGGGCUGCCUCCACCAUCCCGCGACGCGAGUCUUGAUGGUGUCUCGCACCCACCACCUGAUCCGGUCCUUCGCGUCGUGGCCACGUUGGCGCUCGCCAAGCAACACGACCCGGCACCUGCUGCCCCGGCUCUACGAGAUCUUCGUCAGCCUGCGCCGGUGCCGUCAUCGAGCGUCGUCCGACGACGCCUUCCUGCCCGUAUCGAGCGCUACUCACACCCAAGGCCGUUGACCGUGGCAAGACCGAGACUCCGGCCCGCGCGUCCCGGACCCUCUUCUCUUGACUCGGGUGGUGUCGCGCGCAGAUGUUUGCAGCUUGCGACCUCUACGAUUGGUAGGGCAAACCCUGAGAAGCGCGCGCUUAAGCCACAUCCACCAGAGCUGACGCAUCUGCGAGCGCGUAACGACCGUGCUAGCGGCUUGUCAUGCCCACCAAUGACUGCGCACGGUUCCCGUUCGUUCCGCCAGGUCUGCGUGAACUGCUGCAGAGACGUCUGCCUUCACCCUCUCCGUGCCGGCCUUCUGUGUACCGUGCGUCCGCAACGCCAACCAACCUGUAGCGCCAACCUGUAG